UGACGUUGAGGAUGUAGAAACGCCCUGACCAAUAAUUGUUUUUAAAGCAAAUGUCUUUUAUAUUGUUCUUGGGAACUUUGGAAGCAAAAUUGUAUAUCAAUAUUUUUUAUUAUCAAGAUUUUAACGUUCCAUUUUGCACAUCCAAGUUUAUCAACGGCCUCAAAUCGACAGAAACUUCAAAAUAACUAAAUUUGAAAUUAAAACAUUAAAACGAAGCAAUGGCUACUGUGACAACAAUUACAAACUACGAUCGACAGCAAAGUACCGAUUCCGGUUGGGACAAUCCAUUUAGACCAGGUGGUGAUUUAUCCAGAGAGGCUGAUGAAAUAGUAAACAUGAUUAGAGGUGGAAAACCGAUAACACCAACGGAGGAGAACUUCAUAAAAAAUAGGGAAGCAAAACAUGAAGAUAAUGGCCUUGCUGUUACUUUAGAAGCAACAACUGAUCAAAUUCAUAUUUCGCAAAAUCAGGCACCACUCAACGGUACAAAACCAAGCAGCGACCAAACCGUUGUGCCAAAAUCCGCAGAAAGCAAUGGAACAUCUCAGGCUCAAGUCUCAAAAAAAGUAGUACCUGGUCCAACCUCGGCUAGUCAUAUCAUAAUUGACGAGAAGAAAAAUUCGAAGAAAGGUUGCUGCUCUAUACAAUAAACAAAUGCUUUUGGUAUAAUCUGUUGAUUCUUAAUUUUUUUUUUUAAUAUUGCACUUGUUGAAUAGAUAUUUCAUAGAUGUAUGUAUUUCAAAAAUGCUUAAAUUCACGCCGUGAGAACCGUGCUAUGCGUUCAUAUUAUUAUUUUUUAAAUGCACAUCACAUAUACCAGUUUAUAAUUAUAGGAAAAGUAUUUAUGUAACCAUACUUUUAUAAAAAUUAAUAUUUAGUGAAAAAAAAAAUCGAGAAUAAUCGAUUGGAGUAAUAUAUUUAUAUGUCUGAUAUUAUGUUAAGUUAUUUAUUUAACACAAAUAAAUAAUAAACACCUAAUUAAUGCUUAUAAAAUA